UAAAAAAUCCAUAAUUCCUAAUCUCCUCAUAAACCAAAAUUAAAAAGAAUAAUUAAACAAAAUUAAAAAAACCCUGAUCCUCCUCCUAUAAUUUCUAUCUUUCUUCAGACCAUCAGCUAACACUGCGGCCACUGUUUCAUUCCAAAAUUAGGAAACAAAAAAUAGUAAAAAUCAAUCACAGAUUAAAAAAAUGAGGGCGGCGGCUCCACCGCCGAUUAUUUUAAUCGCCACCAUUUUCGCGGCGGUUUCCAUUUCAUCAACAGCAGCUUUCGCGCGUUCGGACACAGUACCCUUCAUUCUGGCCCACAAGAAGGCCACUCUCACAAAGCUCCACCGCCCUUCCGAUGAACAACGCGUCUCUGUCACCAUCGACAUAUAUAACAGUGGUCCGAUCCCUGCAUAUGAUGUGAGUGUUGUAGAUGAUACUUGGCCUUCAGAAAUCUUUGAUCUGAUCACUGGCAAUACUUCCAAUUCAUGGAAGACACUUGAGAGUGGUUCAUAUGUAUCCCACUCUUUUGAGCUUGUGCCUAAAUGGAGGACUGUUUAUCUGGGAGCUCCUGCUUUCAUCAAAUUUCGAGUUCCCCUCAAGUCCAAGUUUCAGGAAGCUUAUUCAACACCUACUUUGGCUAUUCAUACCCUAGCCGAUGAAGUCAAGACCGAUAAAUUGCAGCUGGUAAAUUCAUAUGAACACGUAUUGAUGUUGUUGUCCUAAUGCUUUCAGUUCAUUAAAUACCUUGAAUGCGGUAUUUAUACUGUUUGCUUUUCUUGUCUUGGCCAUAACUAUGGAAUUCUAAAUCUCCCUGGUUGUCGAACUUGAACAUGAUCUCUCAGGUGAAGGUAAUGGAACUAUCUUUGUUGGCUUACUUCGUGGUACUAUUUCUUUCUUUUCAAUUUUAUCCUGUGAUCCAUGUCUAUAACUGGACCUUGAUUUUUGGCAGAAAUUGCUGGCAAACUAUGGUUCUCAUAUCUCAGUGAUUCUCAUCGUGGGCGCUUUCGCCCACAUCAUCUUUUUCCCACCCAAAUCAAACUCAGGAAAUGUGAACAAGAAGCAGCACUGACGAGUAUUUUCACCUAAGCCAAAUUUCCUUUAGUUUUGUGCUUCACUCCAAGUUGACAACAAAUGACUGCAGAUUUUAUGUUUUGGAAAGUACAAAAUUUUAAAGGACCGAUCUUUUGAAGGAUCAUAUCCGAUCUUGUAAUGCCAACAAUAUCUUGGUUGGAUUUCUGUUGUAUUGUGUACCUGUACCAGCAGCAUCUUUUGAACUAUAUAUAUACUAAUAUUUGAGUGUCGUGACAGCUCAUGACCUCAGCAGUCCUUCUAACUAGGCCAAUUUUUUUUUGGUCGCAAUGCAUGGGCACUAUAGUGUGACAUAGAGGGGGUACGAGACCCGAGCUACAUCGUGAACAAACCAAGGCUUUACACUUGAAGGAGGAACUAUCAGUUUCGAGUAACCCCUAACUACGCUAGUUUUAUUUCAUCAACCCGGACUAUCAAAAAUUGGACGGACAGUGUAUUUUGUAAUGGUUAAGAAGGUUUCAAGAAACGAAAGUAUAAAAGUCGUGAGGCAUUGUAACCACGAUAUUUUGACCAAAUUUAAUCCAAGAAUACAGAGGAAAAUAAAUAUUAUUCCUUCUCUUCUGAAAUGAUCGUUCAGUUUGUAUUCUCAAA